AGGAGAUAACUUCACAGGUCAUAGCUAUGCUAUGUACAUGAGUUGGUACAGGCGCAUCUCCAUAUUACGCCUAACGAACACCGCAUUUGCGCAGCCAGGUUCACAUUACCAUCCGACAUCUACGUUACUGGCUGAGCGCAUCCGAUCGGUACUCAUACAAUGUAAUGACACGAUUCAAGGGGCCGCUACAUCGCCAGUUGACGUGGGGUAUCGGCUAUGUUCUCAGACCUUAGGCUCCAUUAACGCGUCGUUGACCGAUGCAUUGAGUCAGGCGGGUUAUGAGUACCUCAUACCGACUCCACCCGUCAUUGGCGAGGUAGAUGACACAUUCCACACUCCUUCUCCAAGGAGUUCAGCCCAUCGAGGUAGCUCUUCCGGAGGAUCCAGUUUUCGGUCUACAAGAGGCCGCCAGCGUUCAUCUACUCGAGGUCGGUCUUCCAAAUCGCCAUCGACAUCCGCUACUAUGUCGCCGUUCGUUCCCCCGUCUUCCAUCAACACUCCUCCGCCACAUCCAUCGCCUCCGCAAAGGAUUAUCACAUAUCAGCGUGCUAGUCAACGACGAGCUCCUGCUCUUAAUGUCAUUGCGGAGGUUGACGAGUUCACACCAUCAUCAUCCACCGGUGCGCAAAACAAAAGGGGCCGGGGGUUGUAGUUUAACAAACUUUGUAUAUUCUUAUAUGACUUGAACUUCUUGUAUGAGUUUCCAUAAUUGUAAUAUAUCUUUGUAUUAUUUUCAUAAUUAUUUUUUCCAAAACAAGCCGGUUCGUAAUUGAU